AUGGAGAUCCCGUUCCUAGACCAUGUCUUUGAUGGUUCCGAUGCCUCUAAUGCAUCUAUCCUACCCUUUAUUCCGUAUCUUUUCCCUCAUGUUGCCGAGGCUGGCAUAGAUUUCCGUAUCCAGCCUCUAGCCCAAGGAACCACAAACAGUUUGUUCAAAGUCACCAAUCAAUCCCUCAACCAAGACUCUGUGUUAGUCAAGGUCUAUGGAGAUGGCACCGACAUUACGAUUGAUCGCAAAAAGGAGCUAUGGGUACACAAGCUUUUGGCCGAUCGCGGCCUCUCGUCCAUACCACUUUGCCGCUUUACCAAUGGCCAUGCAUACCAGUUCAUUCCUGGUAGUGUCUGUUCUGAAGGCGAUGUGUCUAAGACAGAAAUCUUCCGUGCGGUUGCAAGGGAGCUGGCAAGGUGGCACACCCUGCUUCAACCUGUUGAUCUUCAAGGAGCAAGGAAAGAGCUUGACUAUGAGGCGAGUGUGUGGUCGACUGCGAAGAAAUGGCUUAAUGCGAUCUCCAAUAGUCCCAAGCGGUCAAAGGCCGAGAUCGAAGACCUGCAGGAAAAGUUUCAGUACCUAACCGACAAGCUGCUGCCUACUGAUGUUAUGCCGGAGCCCUUGGUGCUCGGCCACGGUGACCUUUUAUGUGGCAACAUCAUUGUGCAAGAGUCGGCUGAUGGCAUGGAGGCUGUGAAUGGUGCUACAGAUGUCGCAACAGUGCGCUUCAUAGAUUACGAACAUGCCACCUACUGCCCUCGGGCGUUUGAACUUGCGAAUCAUUUCGCCGAAUGGACUGGCUUCGAGUGUGACUACACCAAGCUGCCAAGCACGUCAACCCGCCGAGACUUUGUUCGUGAGUACCUCAAGAUGCACGCCGACCUUCAUCGGCAACACCAACACAAACAAGACUGCCAUAUCGCCGACUGCGACUUGGCGAGAAAAACAAAAUCAGAUCUACCGGGUGCCAAUGACGCCCAGGUGGAGAAGCUUAUGCGUCAGGUUGAUGAUUACAGGGGAUUCCCUGGGUUUUACUGGGGUCUAUGCGCUCUCAUCCAGGCUGAGACAGCGACCGGAACUAUCGACUUUGACUACGCAGGAUAUGCUCAGAAGCGCUUUGCUGAAUACGAGGCAUGGCGCAGGGUCCAGGAUGGAAAUGUCGGAUCUGGUGAGGAGAUGCCCUUGCGUGAGAAGAAUUGGGCGCUUCUGUGA